AUGUCUCAGUGGAACAACCAAAAGCACCAGGCUGGUCCAUGCCACCGACCCAACCAGCUCGCAGAGCUGCAGUACGCCCUGGACGCCUGGAAUAUGGACAAACAGCACCUGAUGGAGCAAAAAAUGGAGCUGGAACAUCUCCACGCACAGCUCCUGAAGGAAAAUAAGUGGGCCCACGAGAGACUGGAGCAGAGCAACACUUUGGUUGCUAUAAAAGAAGCACUCGUAGCAAACAGGGAGGCUCUGCUGCGAGAGCAUAAAAAGAUCUUGGAGGCAGAGAGACAGCAAUUCGCCAGAAUCAUGAAGGCGAAGGAGGAGAAGCUGAACCAGCUCAAGGAGCAGUUCAGCAUGAGGGAGCAGGAGCUCCUCCGUCUGACUCAGGACAAAGAAAACAACAAAGUCCUGCAGGAACAGACGGAGACGGAGAAAGAGCCGGACAUGGAGGACUGUCAGCAAGAGAAGGAAGUCCUCCAAGAAGAGCCGGACAUGGAGGACUGUCAACAAGAGAAGGAAGUCCUCCAAGAAGAGCCGGACAUGGAGGACUGUCAACAAGAGAAGGAAGUCCUCCAAGAAGAGCCGGAGAAAGAGGAAGAGCCGGACAUGGAGGACUGUGAACAGGACCUCCUUCUCUUGUUCAAGGACAACUGUGAUCAAGAGAAAGAGGUCCUGCAGGAAGAGACAGAGUCUCAGAUAGACCUGGACAUGGAAAACCAUGAACCAGAGACAGAGGUCCUGCAGGAAGAGACGGAGACAGAGCCGGACAUGAAGAACCAGGACUCUGACACUGAGACGGUUCAGGACCAGCAGGACGAACAGGUAGAGACACUUUUUAAUCAGGCUUUUAACUGA